UUAAACUUUCUUCCUUUUCAACAUCAACAACACUACAGCAUACAUCAAGGACUAAUCCCUCCUACCUAUUUAUAUAGAGGAUGAUAAAAAGCACUGUGUUGAAGUUCAUUUCCGCCUUAUAUGUGUAUGUUCUACUCUAUCAUAAGGGAUGCAAUGGAGAAACGGAUUGUAUCCGCAAAGCAACAGACCUAUACCAUAAAUUAAUUAAUAAUUCGACUUGCUUGUCCAGUUUGUCAGUGAAUACUUCGUUAAGCAAUCUGGAGAAAUGUUCCCCAGAAUGUUCAAUAAUAAACUCUGAAGCACCGGACAAUUAUGUGAGAGUACAAAUCAAAUACACUGUUGAUACUGUGUUGAAAUUGGAACAUAAGAAGAACACACAAUGUUCUUAUUCAUCUAAAGAUAUCAAUAUUGAUUGCAAAAUUGAUCAAAACACAUUAGGGUCACUGCAAAGUUGCAUAAUUGGACGUUGUCUUUUAGGACAAAAAGAAAGGAAACAAGUCAUGGAGACACAGACCUGUCCAUUGAUCGGGAAUGGUUCUGACAAAAAUGUUAUCCUUAACAUUUACCAUCUGAUUAUUGUCAUGGUGUUAGGAUCAACCCUUGAAUAUUUCUCAUUGACAGAAAACUAGUUGAUAUCACACUGAAUCUACAAUUAUACCUUGUCUGCAUGACAAUGUUCCAGGCAGUAUUUAUAGAGUUUGAAAUGAAGGAUGGAAGUGUGAAUCUAUACAGAAUCUCUUCACAGCAACCAAUUUAAAUUAUCUAGUUAGAAAAACAUACCAUCUUUAUUAAGUCUUAAAAUUUAUAUUUUAUAGAUCUAUCAUCGAAGAUUCGGGGAUAUUUAAUUUUUGUCCUGUCCAUCCAUCCGUCUGUUUUUGUCUGU